CGAACAUGAGCGAUCAUGGCCGCCUUCGGGCUCCUCAGCUAUGAGCAGAGACCGCUCAAGCGGCCGCGCCUGGGGCCGCCCGACGUCUAUCCGCAGGACCCGCGCCAGAAGGAGGAUGAACUUACUGCGGUGAAUGUAAAGCAAGGCUUCAGUAAUCAGCCUGCCUUCUCUGGAGAUGAGCACGGUUCUGCUAGAAACGUCGUCAUCAACGCCUCUAAGAUUGGCGCCUACUUCAGCAGCAUAUUAGCAGAAAAGCUAAAACUUAACACGUUCCAGGACACAGGAAAGAAGAAACCACAAGUAAAUGCCAAAGACAACUACUGGCUGGUUACUGCUCGCUCUCAGAGUGCAAUUCACAACUGGUUCACAGAUUUAGCAGGAAGUAAACCACUGACUGUGUUAGCAAAAAAGGUUCCAAUUCUCAGUAAAAAAGAAGAUGUUUUUGCUUACUUAGCAAAAUAUUCUGUACCACUGCUGCGAGCAGCAUGGCUGAUCAAAAUGACAUGUGCCUACUAUGCUGCUAUUUCUGAAGCUAAAAUCAAGAAACGCCAGGCCACUGAUCCAAAUACUGAAUGGACUCAAAUUAUAACCAGAUACCUUCGGGAGCAGCUGGCAAAGGUUGCAGAGUUUUAUCAUGUGACUUCCAGCCAAGGCAGCAGCUCUGUAGUGAUGCCUCAAGAGAUGGAACAGGCCUUGAAGCAGUGGGAAUAUAAUGAAAAAUUGUCCUUUUAUAUGUUUCAGGAAGGAAUGCUUGAGAGACACGAGUACUUGACGUGGAUACUGGAUGUUUUGGAAAAAAUCAGACCUGCUGAUGACGACAUUCUUAAGCUGGUGCUGCCGCUCAUGUUGCAGUACUCAGAAGAGUUUGUUCAGUCAGCUUACCUGUCCCGCCGCCUCGCUUAUUUCUGUGCCAGGCGCCUGUCGCUGCUGCUGAGCGACAGCCCCAGCCUGGCAGCUGCACAUCCUCCUCAUGUGAUGAUUGCACCAAGUAACCCUCCUCUGGCAGCGCCGAGCCCGACUGCGCCCGGUCCUGUGCUGAGCCCCGUGCAGCUCACCUGCUCUGAUUUCCUCUCCUGCCCGCAGCACCGUUCGCUGGUGUAUGGGCUGAGUUGUAUGCUGCAGACUAUAACUCUUUGUUGCCCAAGUGCCUUGGUGUGGAAUUAUUCCACAAAUGAAAAUAAGAACAUUAAUCCUGGCUCACCCCUGGAUUUACUCCAAGUUGCUCCAUCUAGUUUACCUAUGCCAGGUGGAAACUCAACAUUUAAUCAGCAGGUUCGGGCAAGGAUCUAUGAAGUAGAACAGCAGAUAAAACAAAGAGGUCGUGCUGUGGAGGUGCGGUGGUCUUUUGACAAGUGCCAAGAAUCAGCUGCAGGGGUGACCAUCAGCCGAGUUCUGCACACCUUGGAAGUGUUGGAUCGACACUGUUUUGACAGAUCGGAUUCCAGCAAUUCCAUGGAGACACUGUAUCAUAAGAUUUUCUGGGCAAACCAGAACAAAGAUAACCAAGAGGCAGCCCCCAGCGACGAGGCCGUGGUGAUGCUGCUGUGUGAGUGGGCCGUGAGCUGCAAGCGGUCUGGGAAGCACCGGGCCAUGGUGGUGGCUAAACUCCUGGAGAAAAGGCAAGCAGAAAUUGAAGCAGAAAGAUGUGGUGAAUCUGAAGUCCUGGAUGAAAAGGAAUCUCUGUCUUCGGCCUCCUUGACAAGUUCCAGUCUUCCUGUUUUCCAGAAUGUCCUGCUGAGGUUUUUGGACACACAGGCUCCCUCGCUGUCUGACCCAAAUAGCGACCAUGAGAAGACAGAGUUUGUGAAUUUGGUGCUGCUGUUUUCCGAAUUCACUCGACAUGAUGUUUUCUCUCAUGAUGCAUACAUGUGCACUUUAAUAUCGCGUGGAGACUUGUCAAUUACUGCAACUACGAGACCACGUUCACCUAAUGGGGAAACUGUGGAUGAGCGCUAUUCUAAGGAUAAUGAUGUUAAAAUAGAGGAUCACAGCAUUAUGGAGCACAUGGGCACUGACUCAGGACCCACCAGUAUCUUUGAUGAUGUAGACAAGGGUGACUUUAAGGCAGAUUUUGGUUCAGAAUUUGCAAUUUUUUCUCCGAUGCCUGGGGAGUCCUGUGAGAACAUGAACUCUUCUUUAGACAGAAGAAUUUCGGUUGCCAGUGAGAAGUCAGUCAAGAGGGAAGGGCUCAGAGAAGUGAUUUUUCCAUCCAACUACGACCUCCUUCGUCAUCUGCAAUACGCGACGCAUUUCCCAAUACCUCUGGAUGAAUCUUCAAGUCAUGAAUGUAACCAGCGCAUGAUUCUCCUCUAUGGUGUUGGCAAGGAGCGUGAUGAGGCAAGACAUCAGCUGAGGAAGAUUACCAAAGACAUCCUGAAGAUUCUGAAUAAGAAGAGUACUACUGAAAUGGGUGUUGGGGAUGAAGGACAAAAGGCCAGGAAGAACAAACAAGAAGCAUUUCCAACUCUAGAGACUGUGUUCACAAAACUACAGCAGCUGUCAUAUUUUGACCAACAUCAGGUGACAUCUCAGAUCUCCAGCAAUGUUCUCGAACAAAUAACUAGUUUUGCCUCAGGAACAUCCUAUCACCUCCCCUUGGCUCACCACAUACAGCUCAUCUUUGAUCUCAUGGAACCAGCGCUGAAUAUCAACGGACUGAUAGACUUUGCAAUACAGCUGCUGAACGAGCUGAGUGUGGUGGAGGCAGAGCUGCUGCUGAAGUCGUCCAGCCUGGCAGGGAGCUACACCACGGGGCUGUGCGUGUGCAUCGUUGCUGUCCUGCGGCGUUACCACGCCUGCCUCAUUCUCAACUCGGAGCAAACUGCACAAGUCUUUGAAGGGUUGUGUGGAGUGGUGAAGCAUGUUGUUAAUCCCUCAGAGUGUUCCUCCCCAGAAAGAUGUAUUUUGGCCUACCUCUAUGACCUGUAUGUGUCCUGCAGCCACCUGCGAAGCAAGUUUGGAGACCUCUUCAGUAGUGCCUGUUCUAAGGUGAAGCAAACAAUAUACAGCAACGUUCAGCCUUCAAAUUCCAAUCUGCUGUGGGAUCCGGAGUUCAUGCUAGACUUUAUUGAGAACCCUUCUGCUCACAGCAUUAACUACUCAAUGCUGGGCAAGAUCCUGAGCGACAACGCAGCCAACCGCUACAGCUUCGUCUGCAACGCUCUAAUGAAUGUGUGCAUGGGGCACCAAGAUGCAGGAAGGAUUAAUGACAUAGCAAACCUUUGUGCAGAGCUGACGGCGUGCUGCACCGUGCUGAGCUCAGAGUGGCUGGGGGUUGUCAAAGCUCUUUGCUGCUCUUCCAAUCACGUGUGGGGUUUCAAUGAUCUGCUCUGCAGUGUGGAUGUGAGUGAUCUGUCAUUCCACGAUUCCCUGGCCACUUUCAUUGCCAUACUGAUUGCCCGGCAGUGCUUUUCUCUGGAAGAUGUCGUUCAGCACGUAGCACUGCCUUCUCUUCUGGCAGCUGCCUGUGGGGACCCAGAUGCUGAGCCUGGGGCCAGGAUGACUUGUCGGCUUCUCCUGCACCUCUUCAGGACACCGCAGGUCUGCCUCUUCCCCCAGGGAGCAGGAAAGCUAUUUCCUGGAAUUCGCUCUUCUUGUGAUCGUCACCUCUUGGCUGCUGCUCACAACAGUAUAGAAGUGGGAGCUGUGUUUGCAGUCUUAAAAGCUAUUCUGAUGCUUGGUGAUGCUGAGAUCGGCAGCAGCAGUGUGACCCCCGUGAAGAGCGAGGAGCUGCCCGUGAGAGGCUUGCUGGAUGAGAUCCCUGGGGACGAGAUGUGGGCCUCCUCUCACGCUCUGAAGUCACGUGGAAAAGCUGUUUCCAUAGAAACUGCCAGUUUAAGCGAGUAUGCCAGAUACGUGCUCAGAAGCAUUUGCCAGCAGGAAUGGGUUGGAGAGCACUGUUUAAAAGAACCUGAAAGACUGUGCACAGAUAAAGAUCUAAUUUUGGAUCCUGUUCUUUCAAACAAGCAAGCGCAGAAACUUCUUCAGCUUAUCUGUUAUCCUCAUGGUGUGAAAGAAUGCUCCGAGGGGGACAACCCUCAGAGGCAGCACAUCAAACGCAUACUUCAGAACUUAGACCAGUGGACUCUCCGGCAGUCUUGGUUGGAGCUGCAACUAAUGAUCAAGCAGUGCAUGAAGGAGCCUGGUUCUGGGUCUGUGGCUGAAAUGAACAGCUUGUUGGAUAAUAUUGCAAAGGCGACAAUAGAGGUGUUUCAGCAAUCCGCUGAUCUAAACAAUAACUCUUCUAACUCUGGUAUAGGCCUCUUCAAUCCAAACUCUGUUGGAAAUGCUGACACAAGUAAUACAAGACAGAAUGGUAAAAAGACAUUCCUAAGUUCCUCUGAGUGGCGAGGAGUGUGGCUGGUGGCUCCCUUGAUUGCAAAACUACCUACCUCAGUGCAAGGUAGGGUCUUGAAAGCUGCGGGAGAGGAGCUGGAGAAAGGUCAGCAUUUGGGGUCAUCUUCUAAGAAGGAAAGAGAUAGACAGAAGCAAAAGAGCAUGUCUCUCCUGAGUCAGCAACCUUUCCUUUCUUUGGUACUUACUUGCCUUAAGGGACAGGAUGAGCAGCGGGAAGGGCUGCUGACAUCACUGCAGAAUCAAGUCAAUCAGAUCCUUAGUAACUGGAGGGAAGAACGGUACCAGGGCGAUGUUAAAGCUAGACAGAUGAUGCAUGAAGCCUUACAGCUUCGUCUAAAUCUGGUAGGUGGCAUGUUUGACACUGUGCAGAGGAGCACCCAGUGGACCACGGACUGGGCACUUCUGCUCCUCCAGAUAAUCACUUCGGGAACAGUUGAUAUGCAGACUAACAACGACUUGUUCACAACCGUGCUGGAUAUGCUGGGCGUCCUCAUCAACGGGACGCUCGCCUCCGACUUGUCCAGCGCGUCCCAGGGAGGGCCUGAGGAAAACAAAAGGGCUUACAUGAAUUUGGUGAAAAAGUUAAAAAAGGAGCUGGGAGACAAGCGGUCGGACAGCAUUGACAAGGUUCGCCAGCUGCUCCCUUUGCCAAAGCAGACUUGUGAUAUUAUUACUUGCGAGCCAAUGGGAUCCUUGAUCGACACCAAGGGCAACAAAAUUGCAGGGUUUGACUCCAUUGAUAAGAAACAGGGUCUUCAGGUUUCAACAAAACAAAAGGUGUCCCCUUGGGACUUAUUUGAAGGUCAUAAAAAUCCCGCUCCUCUCUCCUGGGCAUGGUUUGGCACCGUUCGUGUGGACAGGAAGGUGAUCAAAUACGAGGAGCAGCAGCAUCUGCUCCUGUACCAUGCGCACCCCAAACCCAAGCCGCGGAGCUACUACCUCGAGCCCUUGCCUCUGCCUCCAGAGGAGGAGGAGGAAGAGCCCACCACCCCUGUGUCUCAGGAACCAGAAAGGAAGUCAGGAGAGCUCUCUGAUCAGGGAAAACACGGCACGGAUGAUGACAAGAAGACAAAGGGCAGGAAGAGGAAGUCAAAGUCAAGCUCUAAGGCUGAUGAAUAUCCACCGAACAGCGCAUACAGAGUGCCUCCCAAUUACUCGCCCGUUCCCUCACAAAUGAUGCAGCAUCCUCAGUCUGCCUUGUGGGGUUACACCAUCGUGGGGCAGCCGCAGCAGCCUGGCUUCUUUGCGCAGAACCAGCCCCUCCCUCCAGGUGGUUCCAGGCUGGAUCCGACGAGCUCCUUCGUCCCAGCCAACACGAAGCAGGCCCUGUCCAACAUGCUGCAGCGGCGCUCCGUGCUGCAGCCGCCCUCCCUCCACGCAGUCACACCUCAGCAGCAGUUGCUCCAGAUGAAACUCCUGCAGCAAGAGCAGCAGCAGCGGCUCCUCAGGCACCAAGCACAGGCACGGUCUCUCCAGCAGGAUGUCAGUAGCUCUGCUGUAUCCCUUCAGGAUGGCUUUGACAACAUAAUGGGUCAGCCGAUGGACCCCGCUGCUCUUUUCACCCCGCAAGUCCAACCCACGCCGCAGCUACCGCAGUACGCAGGGCUUCAGCAAGCACAGGGCAUGCCCCACGGGUACACGAUGUACAGCACCCCGAUGCCCUUGCAGCAGCAGCAGCCCGGCAGCGUGGUGCUCUCUCCUGGCUACACCCCGCGGGCGUACACGGCCCACUCCAGCCCCGCGCUGAUGGAGCGGCUGCGGCCGGGGCAGCCGGGUGGCGUGGCUCAGCAGCAGGCAGCUGCCUACAUGCAGCCCGUGGCGGGCGCUCAGCGGUUGACCCAUCAACCUUUGCAGCCAAACUCAUUGAUAGGAGCAGGCCUGGACAGCACAUCUACCACACGUACCCAUCCGAGCCUGAGCUCAGCACAGCUGCCCCAGGAGCAAAUGCGACAGAGGCAGCAGCAGAUCCGACAGCAGAGACUCUUCCAGAUGCAGCAGGGGCAGCAGCAGCAGACUCUUGAUCUCCAGCCCGUGCAGCCACAGCAGCCCCUGCAGUUCCCGAGGCAGGGCCUGCAGCAGACGCAGCAGCAGCAGCAGACGGCGGCGCUGGUCCGGCAGCUGCAGAAGCAGCUCUCCAGUAACCAACCGCAGGGAGUGAACCAGUAUGGGCAUCCUUCACACUUCUGAGCCCAAAGGUGGGAAGGAGGCGGAACGUUCCGUUUGCACUGCAGAACAGAACAUUCGAAAUCCAAUGCACUACUUAUUGCUAGAAAGGAAACCUUCAUUUCCUUCUCUUAUUAUUUUGGUAAUUAUUUUUCGUGCUGCAGUUGAUGUGAGUGUGUAACGAGGUGGUUCUCGCGGGGGUUCGAGUUUCUUUGCUUUUAAUUAGAUUUAAAUGUAAGGACUUGUGGACCUAUCUGAAGAAUGUUAUUGCAGAUUUUAUGAAUUUGGUGCUUUUUAGGUCCCGUUCCUUUUAAAGAGGACAGAGAAUGUUGGGUUUGUUUGUUUAUCCGUGGGAAACAUUCUGUUGUUGUUACUAUUUAUUUUUUUAAGAACUGCACUGGACCAAACUGCUGAAUUGAAAGGCACUCCUGACCUUGGCAUAACAGUUGGUUUGUUCAUUAAGAUGUUCACCUCUUUGUUUGAUGGUAGAACGAGCGUUGAUUUGAAUUGUGUUUAUUUGACUGUAAUUUUCAUACGCACUUUAUAAAGUUCUUUGUUUAAAGUACCAAUUCUCUCUCGCUCUCAUUGUGGUAAGAAGGUGCUGAAGUGGGUUUACUGCUUGUAUUAGAACUUCUUAAAGUUUAUAUUAAAAGCCACAAUGUAAUGUUAAUAAACCAACUGAAAGUAGCA